CUCACUCACCCCUCUGCUCUAACCACUAACCAUUGGAUCACUGCUAGGAAAUGACAUGCAUGAAGAAUAGCUCAAAAGGGAAGUACCAAUCAAGAGUUGGAAGGGUUUCGGAGGUCUCCGGUGUGACAGGUUGCUCAUCACACACGAAAGGAACAUCUCUGAAUCCAAACUGGUGAAGAAAGCCUUUGCCAUUCAUCCACAUACCAGAUUCAAUUUCUUCAUUGACUGGACUAGCAACCAGUGGGACCAAGUGCGUAGCACUGCAGGACGAGUGUGAGAGCUCACACAUCACACCAUGGCUCAAUAUGACCAACUGGAAGAUAAACAUUCGCUGGAUAUCCACGACAACCCCACAACCCCUGACAAUAUUGUAAAAGAGGAAGACAAUACUGUAUACUUCGUUUAUGAGGAGGAGGUGGAAGUAGAGGAGAAGGAGCCCGAGCCUGAGCCCGUUGUUAUAUUGGUGAAUGACAAACCACACAAGUUCAAAGACCACUACUGCAAGACACCCAAGUUCUGUGACGUCUGUGCUCGUAUGAUAGUCCUCAACAACAAGUUUGCUCUGACGUGCAAAAACUGCAAGACCAACAUCCACCACUCGUGCCAGUCCUAUGUUGAGUAUCAGAAGUGCUUUGGCAAAAUUCCCCCAGGUUUCAGACGAGCAUACAGUUCCCCUCUAUACAGUAGUGACCAGACAGAUGCAGCCCACUCCAACCGUAACGACCCUGUGUUUGACACCCUGCGGGUUGGGGUUGUCAUGGCAAACAAGGAGCGCAAGAAGGGGUCUGAAGACAAGAAGAAUAUGAUGAUGAUGAUGAUGGAGGAAGAGGAAUCACAACAACCCAAAGAAGACGAGCAGGCAGAAGGAAAACCCGAGGGGGAUAAGAAGGGAGACAAGGCUGACAAAGCAGAUGACAAGAAAAAGAAGGAGAUGGGAAACAUGGGAAAUCAGUCCCAUUACUACCUGGCUCUGUACCGCUUCAAGGCCAUUGAGAAAGACGACCUUGACUUCCAUCCUGGUGAUCGAAUCACUAUAAUUGAUGACGCCAAUGAAGAAUGGUGGAGGGGGAAGAUUGGUGAGAAGACAGGUUACCUCCCCACCAAUUACAUCAUUAGAAUAAAAACGGGGGAGAGGGUGUUCAAGGUGACACGGUCCGUCGUGGGAAACAGAGAGAUGGGACAGAUCACUCUGAAAAAAGACCAGAUCGUGGUGAAGAAGGGAGAGGAGGUGAAUGGCUACCUGAAGGUCAGCACCGGCCGCAAGCUGGGCUUCUUCCCCGCCGACCUGCUCCAGGAGAUCUGAACCUUACCCGGAUCACAACCACAACCAUAGGACUUGGGUCACACCGUCACCAGGACCAUAAUCACACAAUUCAUCAAACCCAGUUCCAGUGAACACACGUGACCAGGCACAGCAUUUUUAUACUACCAAUCUAGCACCACUAUCAUUUUCCACCUGUAGGGGCCUAGGUCUGAUCUGGUGAGUCUGUAAGCUGUUUGAAGGCUGUAAAGGUUCAGAGAGGGCAAGGUUAUUGAGUGUAACCUAAUACUGCAGCCUCCCCAGCCUGUUGAACUGGGUCAGCCGGCCAUGCAAUCCGAGCUGGAUGGAGAAAUGUGUUAGGUAAAACCGUAAAUGUGUGUGUUGGGAAUUUGAAACGUUAACAUGUUUGUGUCAUUUUAAUGUGAUUAAAACUGGACAACCUUAAACUAGAUAUUCAGCAAGGUUCAAAAGGCAAUGGCUGUAAAUUUUGGAGCCUAUUGCUUACUGUCACUGUAGUAGUUCCUUGUUUUUAUACGCAGCUGAAAUACUCGUGCUUUAUUUCCCCCUUGAUGUCAAUGUUAAAGGGAGCUUGUUAAAGUGCAUGUUGUAUUUUUUGUUGUUGCAUGGGCCCGUCUUUUAUAAUCAUUGCCAAAACAAUGUGCUGUAUAUUUGAGGAAUUUAUAUAGAGCAAUAGCCUAUGCUGACACACAGACCCACAUGCUUUUGCCAGACUAACGUAGGCCUAUCAUUGAUGCAAGAUUGUAACAUUACAGUACAGCCAUUUGUAAUUCAUGUUCUAUUGAAAUACCAACAGUGCAGUACCAAGUGCAGGCUUAUCCCAUGUAUUGUCUGUCAUGAUAUGCAUCCUUUCAAAACCUGUAUAACUCUGUGAUACCGUCAUAGUAAACUUGAAUGACUGACCAUUGUGUAAACAUGAAAUCAAUUCACAAUUAGAAAUAAUGUACUUUC